AUGAAAUUCAUAAUAUUUAUACUUAUAUCAAUUUCAUUGUUUGAAUGCAGAAAAAAACCUUCGAAAAAUUCGGGCAAAAGACCUUCUGCUAUCGAGCCAGAAUUAUAUUGCAAUAGUUGCUAAGCAGUCCUUAAGGAAAUUUUUAAAAAAAUACGUGAUUCUCGUAAAGAAUCCGAUAUUGCAUAUGCAAUUGAUGGAAUUUGUAGAUAAAAUAAUUUUGCAGUUUAUGAAUUCCCUCCACCUGAUAUGGUUAAAGGAUGUUAAGCUUUUAUGGGAACAUGGGAAGAAACUGUAGAAAAAGCUUUAUUAAAUAGAGGUAAUAAUGAAGAAAUGGAACAUGAACUUUGUAAUGUUUAAACAAAAGCUUGUUUAGGGGUUGAUAUGGAAAAUAUUUCUUAAUACGAUAAUAUAGUAACUGUUAAUAAUAAGAAAGUUCCUUUAAACAAAGGAGGACUUAAAAUAGAUUCAGAAGAUUUAUGA